CACAAACGUAUUGCGAAUCGGUUCGAACGAGUCAUUCGAAAGAACCUGAUCACGAGAAUCAUACUUGGAGAGUGUAGCUGUUUUAAGGGGCUGCUGUGGAUUCUACUGAUGAUAUGGAGACUCUUGCCAUCCAGAGACACUGAUCGUGCAACUUUACUCGUCCGCUCAGACGGAUAACGCGCGUUCAUGGCUGCUCUGCUGUCAUAUUAACAACUUCAAACAUGUCCAAGAGCUGCAAGAAGAAAAGUCACUGGACCAACCGAGUCCACGAAGUUGUGCUGUCCAGGGGUCUGACUGGUAAACUCGGGUUCGAGCUGCAGGGAGGCGCGGAGAAUGGACAGUUCCCCGUUAUUGGGGAAGUGAAACUCGACAGGGUCAAACUGAACCAGGACGAGUUACUUCUGGAAGUGAAUGACAUUCCAGUAGCCGGACUAACCAUCAGGGAUGUGUGGGCUGUGGUCAGACACUGUAAAGAUCCAGUCCGCCUUAAGUGUGUCAAACAAGGAGGUGUUGUGGAUAAAGAUCUCAGGCAGUAUCUCAACCUUCGUUUCCAGAAAGGCUCUUUGGACCACGAGCUACAACAAAUCAUCCGGGACAACCUUUAUCUUCGCACCGUACCCUGUACAACCAGGCAGCCUAAAGAAGGAGAGGUUCCAGGAGUGGACUAUAAUUUUGUGACUAUUGAGCGGUUUGUGGAGCUGGAGAAAAGUGGAGCUUUACUAGAAAGUGGAACUUAUGAAGAUAACUAUUACGGCACACCCAAGCCACUUGCAGAGCCCGGCCCACUACUGCUGAAUGUAGCGGAGCAGCUGUUGCCCGGUGCCACACCCAGAGCAGAGGGCAAACGCAGACGCAACAAGUCCGUCAGCAACAUGGAAAAGGCUGGCAUCGAGCCGCCCGAGGAGGAAGAGGAAGAGAAGCCCGUCGUCAAUGGCAACGGAGUGGCCAUCACCCCAGAGUCUAGUGAACAUGAAGACAAGAGUACAGACGCAUCAGGAGAAAUGCCCAGCACAUGCCCCUCCGAGACCCCUACAGAUGCGCCCAAAGAAGAACUUGAACCCUCUAAACCGCCCCCCAAACCAGACGAGAACGAUGAGCUGGGUCCUUUGCCGGAUAACUGGGAGAUGGCUUACACUGAGAAGGGAGAGGUCUACUUUAUAGACCACAAUACAAAGACAACGUCGUGGUUGGACCCCCGGCUGGCAAAGAAAGCAAAGCCUCCUGAAGAAUGCAAAGAGAAUGAGCUUCCGUAUGGCUGGGAGAAAAUCGAUGACCCUAUUUAUGGGACCUACUACGUUGAUCACAUAAACCGAAGGACUCAGUUUGAGAACCCCGUUCUAGAGGCCAAGAGAAGAGUCCAACAACAGCAGCAGAUGCAGAGUCAGGGCUUGUCAUCUCUACCCCUACCUACAGUCUACAGAGUGGAGGAGAGUCCCUCCUCUGCCACCUUACCCAGGGCCAGACUGGCAUACGUGGGUCCCGCUCCUGAGCGCUCUCACAGUCUCACUGACCUGUCCGAGGCCCCCCUGUACCGGGCUGGUGUGUUUGGAAUGCAUGAGAAGCCUCUGUUCACGCGGGACCCCACGCAGCUGAAGGGCAGCUUCCUGUCGACAGCUCUGCAGAAAAGCAACAUGGGAUUUGGCUUUACUAUCAUCGGCGGUGACGAGCCGGACGAGUUCCUACAGGUCAAGAGUGUCAUCCCGGAUGGGCCUGCAGCUCAGGAUGGGAAAAUGGCUACAGGUGAUGUGAUUGUCUACAUCAAUGACGUUUGUGUCCUGGGCACCACCCACGCCGAUGUUGUCAAGCAUUUCCAAUCAGUCCCAAUUGGUCAGAGCGUAACCCUUGUCCUGUGCAGGGGCUACCCGCUUCCUUAUGACCCGGAGGAUGCAGCCAGCACCCUAAUUUCACCUCUUGGUCUCAUUGAGCGCCCUCUACUUGUCAAUGGGCGGAAUAGCUACGACAGUUACAUGGAGUACAUCUCCCGCACUGCGCGAUUCGUGGACCCUUUCCAAACUUCGUUGGGGCCACCUCACCCUGGAGACACCCACUUGGAUGCCGGUCCAUUAGAAGAUAGCGUCUCCAUGGCAUCAUCCGGAGCAACCGGAGGAGAGCUGUUGACGGUUACCAUGGUAAAGGGGUCCGAUGGUUUUGGAUUCACCAUCGCAGACAGCAGCGGAGGACAGCGAGUAAAGCAGAUUCUGGAGGCUCAGGGAUGCCCGGGGCUGUGCGAGGGCGAUCUGAUUGUGGACAUUAACCAGCAACACGCGCUGACACUAUCGCACACGCAGGUGGUGGAGCUGCUGAAGGAGUGUCCGGUUGGGGCAGAGGCCACGUUGGUCGUACAGAGAGGCGGUGCAGGUCACUUUUCACCUUGGAAGGCCUCUAAACAGGUUUUGGAACAUUGGGAUUCUCACAGCAGUCCUACGGCCAGUCUAUCUAUCCAUGCUCUUCCCCACAGUGUCCCUUAUCUACACUGGCCCAUAGGUCCAGAGUUUGACCUGAGCAAACCAGACCCAUAUGACCUGUAUGAGAAGUCCAGGGCUGUCUUUGAGACUAGGCAGCCAGGUCUUCCUCGACCAGCCCUCUCAGCUGACCCCUCCGCAGCAGAGUUUCAGGAGGUGGAGGUUCACCUGCGCAGGCAGAAGUCCGGUUUCGGCUUCAGGAUCCUGGGUGGAGAGGAACCAGGACAGCCUGUGAGUCCGGAGGCUCAGGAGAAGAUCCUGAUCGGUGCAAUCAUUGAGAAGAGCCCAGCAGAUAAAGAUGGACGCCUCCGACCCGGAGAUGAGCUCAUGUCCGUUGACGGAAUCCCUGUGGCAGGAAAACCUCACCGUUAUGUCAUCGACCUGAUGCACGGUGCGGCCCGGACCGGCCAGGUCAAACUAACUGUGAGACGGAGAGUUCAGGCCACAGGUGAACCCUUUCCAGUGAAUGGCCGGAGUCCUGGGUCCACCCAGCAUAGCUCUCCCAGAAGUGACUUCAACUCUAGAAUUAUCUCGAAUAACUCUACCCCAUGCCAGAACUCUGCCCCAUCCACCACAGGCUCCUCCCCACCAGACACAGUAGCCAAUCAGAAUUCACAGCCCAGUGAUGUCACCAUCCAGCGCAAGGAGAGCGAAGGAUUCGGAUUUGUUAUUAUCAGUUCGCUAAACAGGCCCGAAACAGUGUCUGCUGCUGCUGUGCCACAUAAGAUCGGACGGAUCAUUGAGGGAAGUCCUGCAGACCACAGUGGGAAAUUGAAGGUUGGAGAUCGCAUACUGGCCGUCAACAAUCAGUCUAUCGUCAAUAUGCCGCAUGCCGACAUAGUCAAACUGAUCAAGGACGCGGGACUCAGUGUCACACUCAGGAUCAUCCCUCAUGAGGAGACAAACAGCACGCCAUCUGCAGGCAGUUCAGAGAAACAGAGCCCUAUGGCUCAGCCCAGUCCAGUGUGCCAACCCAGCACUGUGAACCAGACCAGUGCCCCUCCUCAACCCAACUCCACUCCCCAGUCCAACUCUGCACCUCAAACCAACUCCACAACUGAGCCUAUCUCAGAAGCACAACCGAGCUCUGUCACUCAAACCAGCCCAGCCAAUCAGCCCAGCUCAGUGAUCCAGCAAAACAUGCCAACCCAGCCAUCAGCAGUGCCAGGACAGAUCUACAGCCACGACAGUGGCUACAGGUCGGAGGUUAAAGCAAGACAGGAUGUGAAACCCGACAUUCGUCAGACGUUUACCGAUUACCGUCAGCCCCCGGUGGACUACCGGCACCCACCAGUAGCAGACUACAGACAGCCCCCAACGCUUGACUACAGACAUCCUCCAUUGCUUGACUACAGACAGCUGUCCACUGACCCACGUACCUUUCCUUUACCUGACUACAGGAUGCACCAGGAUUUUGAUUUCUUUACGGUUGAGUUGGAAAAAGGCAUGAAAGGAUUUGGUUUCAGUAUCCGUGGAGGCCGUGAGUAUAAAAUGGACCUGUUUGUUCUACGAUUGGCCGAAGAUGGACCAGCCAUACGCAAUGGAAGGAUGAGGGUUGGAGAUCAGAUCAUUGAGAUAAAUGGUGAGAGCACGAGGGAUAUGACGCAUGCUCGGGCUAUUGAGCUUAUCAAAUCGGGCGGCCGAAGAGUUCGCCUGCUGCUCAAAAGAGGAACAGGGCAGGUCCCUGAGUAUGAUACUCCCACCCCCUGGGAUGCUCGCACUACAACCUCCCCAAGUUUGUCGGAAGUAGCACCGCCCCUCGAGAGCUUAUCCAAUCCAUCGGCUUCUUUUCAUGUGAACCUGCCCACCGACCCACCUCAUACAUUGUCCUUGGAAACAGCGGUUCCUGACUGCUUCCAGGGUCCUAGAGGAACAGAAAGUAGGGCUCUGGAACAGUCCAGCAUUGGGAAGCGUUCAGCCCUGGCAGGUGGAGUUGGGGGUGGGGAUGGGACCAAGCACAGGGAAGGUAGCAGGACCAACCGGCGCUCCAGCAGAGGGAAGGGUCAGCAACAGCACCCCGAAGAACUUCCGGGAGAACCCUACCAACCCAAACCCCAAAAAAGCAGCCGGGGGAAGUCUAAGGAGCGCAGGAGGGAACGGAGCAAUACGCCCUCUCGGAAACGAGACUCGCCCAAAACUUGCCUCACUGACAGUAACGUCAACGGGGGAAAUGGAUGCUUAGAUGGUAGUAGCAACCAGCAAGGGUCUACGGUGCCACUCAAAGCCCUACCAAAGGAACCAGAGAAGGGACAAGCGGAGAGUCGUCCCAACCACAACUCCAAGAACAGCAGCAGCAGUGCAUCGGGCAGGAAGGCCACAGUAUCCCCAGGGCCUUGGAAGAUCCCAGGUUCAGACAAGCUACCCAGCACCUUGCGCUCAGCCACGUCCACCAUCAGCAGAUAACAUCUCACCCUAAUCGCUUUAUAUUUCGGUCUUGACCUCCAUCGCCUUCUCUUGGACCAAUUUUUGGCCACAGUUCACAUUGUUUAGCGACCAGCUGGGCUCAAUUGCUUUUCACAAGUUUGCUUUACUCUGUAUAGCCUAUUUUUAAUCCGGUACCAACCUCGCUCACAACGCUCCCUAAGGACUUUUCCAUGCAUUUCUAGACAAAGCAUUUUUUAUUUAUAUUUUAUUCUAAAUUAUUUUAAGCGAUAUGACACCCACCACCUUAAGAACUGGAAGCAUUCACUUCACAAAUGGAACCAUGGAAAGAUGAGUGAUGCAUGUAGCGUGCAAAUAAAACCCCAAACUGGUUUAAACUGUUGGGAAAAGCACCAAGACUUUCAGACUUACAUGCAUAAAGAACCACUUACUGACUUUAAACCACCACUGGUGGUCACAGCAAUUUUAUACACUUUGAGUAAAAAAAGAAGAAUAUUGAAGGACAUACAGGUUCUGUGUAACGAAAAUGAUCAAAACAAAAAUAUAUUAUAUGUGAGGACACUUGAACUCUGCCUUAAAUAAAGACUCUACUGACCUACAGAUGUCCGCAAUGAAGGGUCAGUAAAGUGAAUAUAGAAAUAGAUAUAUUAUAUGACUACAUAAAUGUGAGACUUAUUGUAAAUACAGUCUUUAUAAACCCAUGCAAGUCCAUCCUGGUGUAUUGACAUCAUACACACAUUCAAAGUUAGAAAAGUAUAAACAAGAAUUCAUUUCCCAUUCCACUUAAGGUGUAUUUUCACUGGAAGCAAAUUGAAUGCUGUUAAUCAAGUGUCUGUAUUGGUUCUUACUAGUAGCAUUAUUCAGCAGUAACAGGAGAGGAUCAAAUUAUUUUCACUGUCUGCACUCCAUUGGUUGUUCAACUCAACACCAGUGGUCGCUGUUACUCAUCUCGCCUCAGAUCACUAAUGCCCCGUUCACAUUAUAAGCGACACACUGACAAUGUGACACAUUAAUUUUAAUGCAGAGCUGGCGAUUUCUGGCAGCAGAAGAGACAGUGGCCAUUUGCAACUGGAUGGGCGAUGCAACAAAGUUAAAAAACCUUCAACUUUAUGCAAAUGAUUAGGGCACUACCAAUGGGAAUGAAGUGUAGAGUUCACGUCAUCUAUCUUUCGUCAGUUACUGCAGUGGAUGGUUACUCAUUUGUUUUUAAGGCCAGCAAGAAUUAGGAAUGUCUCCUAAUGACCUCAUUAAAACAAACAGGCGACACAUAGCGACAAAGUCGCUGGUAGUGCGCACGCAGCAUAAUAGCUAUGUUUAUGCAGUUUGCUGUAUAAGUGUGAAAGUCUCUUAAAAGAAUAGUUUACCCCAAAAAGAUAAUAAGGUCAUACUCACCCCUCAAGCCAUCCUAAGUGUAUAUAACUUGAGCCAAACACAGUCAGAGAUCUAUAAAAGGGCACCUAUGGUCAGGUUCACAAUUUUACAUUUCCUUUGGUGUGUAAAGGGGGUCGUACACCGGACGCUUAGCUCAGCGCUGCGUCGUUCUAAAAAAAAACAUAACACAUUGUUUUCUAUGAGUGUACGCCUGAUGGCGUCUGUCCGCUGUGACUCAGGGCACUGCUCAAAUCCCUGUCGCGCCACUCACAUAGUUUAACAUUAAAUAACAUCAGAUUUGUCCCAAAUCGUUAGGGAUUAACAUUGGCUGCUAAUAUUUGAAGUAGACGCUAUCUGACUAAGCUCGCGCUAUUUAAUGUGAACUUCCGGUGUACGAUACCUCCAAGUUGUCCUAGAUGCAGCGUUGAGCUGCGUGUCCGGUGUGCAACCCCCUUAAGUGUGUAUUAGUACGUUAACGAUAUGCAAAAGGUACAAACCCCAAAGUAAACGACACGAGUUAUCGUCUCCAACGUAAAUCUUUUUUCUUGGACUACAACAAACACACAGAUUGUAGGCAACAGUUUACUUCCUGGGAUUGGUGAUGUAGUAAAGAUCGACAUUAUUAUAAUUCCUCCCGUUUCGGACUCACAGCCUGUAAGUUAACUCCUGUUAGCACUGCAUUGUGACCGAAUCUUUCAAACAUGGUAAAGAGCGUCACAUUUCCAGCUGACGUCAUAGGAAUUCAGGCGAAUCACAAUGUACACAUUAGCUGGCCAAUCAGGGGCACAGCGCUUUUCAAAUCGAUGAGUUUUGUACAAAAUGCAUGCGUUUCAGGAAGAGAGUGAAAUCUGGAGCUACAAAAAUGAACGGUAUGUGGAAUAUAAUGUGUUUUUUAAACCAUAAAACAUGCAAACACAUUGUAUUAUACCAAAUACGUAAAAUAACGUGGUUUUUAGCAAUGAAAUAGGUGCACUUUAAAUAAUAUCCUGGCUCUUUUCAGCAUUAUAAUGCCAUUGGAUGGUACCCCAUUUUUAAAGCUCCAAAAAGUGCACCCGUGCAUUAAAAACUAAUGUACAGUUGGCAAAGUUCGCGAGAGAGUUGAAAUCAGGUGGAAAUCUGAGGACUUCUGACCCAAUGUUACAAAAUCCCAUCACGUCAUCUAAGAAGACAUUUAUGGAGCUUUACCUGACCAAGGCUCAACCUGACCAAGUGUCGAGGUGUCCUUGAGCAAGACACCUAACCCCAGCUACUCCCGAUGAGCUAGAUGGUGCCUUGCAUAGCUGACACUGCUGACGGUGUGUGAAUGUGAGGCAAAAUGUAAAGCGCUUUGCAUGGCCAUUGGUCUAUGAAAGCGCUAUAUAGAUGCAGUCCAUUUACUAUUUAAAAAUGGGGCACUAUCCAAUGCCAUUAUAAAGCUGAAAAGAGCCUGUAUAUUAUUUAAUAUAACUCCCUGUGUUUGGCUGAAAGAAGAAAGUCAUUUACACUUAUGACGGCUUGAGGGUGAGUAAAAUAUGGGCUAAUUUUCAUUUUUUGGUGAACUAUUCCUUUAAGGUCAAUGAUUCGUUAGCUGCUCUGUAAGUCUCUUAAUAAGAUCUCAUGACUCAAUUAUCACUGACCUCAUCGGUUUGCCCUUUAUUCAUUUAAACUAGCAAAGCAACGGGAUGGAUCAGAGAUGAUGAAGAUGAAGUACAGCAUGGUUUGAGGGCGGAGUGCCUUAAGCAGACGAUUUGUUGCUUUAUGAGCUCCAAGUUUUGGGCAACAACAUCCAGACUGAAGGAACAGUACAUAGGCUGCUAUUCAUUUUACUGCAUUUAAUACUUGUUAAACUGUAUGACAGUAAAGUCGGAUCUGUACAAUCAUUUUUUUCACAAACGGUCCCCAGAGAGGCUGGUGUUUUGUCUGCAGUAUAGAUGUAUCGCUAAAAGACCGAAAUGCUAUUUUCGUACAUAUAUAGAGUUGCUUUUAAGAGAAGUGCAGAUAUUUAUUCAUGUUAUCUGGGAAGAACGGGGUUCGGGUGAGCACUUUUGUCUAUUAUUAGACAGUAGCUGUGAUAUACAUACUGUAUAAAUGAAGGUUCGGUAUAUGUUAUGGAUCCAUGAUAUUCAUUGGAUAAUUUUAAGCGGGCAGAAUUUCAAUAGUUUUGUGUGUAAAUGACUUUCACAUGACUCGCUUCAAUGCAAUCUUAACAUGAGCGUCUUAUCUCUACAAUAAAACAAUGCAGAUUUUUCUUUGCAUGAAGGGCAAAAUGAUGCCAGGUAGAAAGAAAAUUGAAUAAAAUUUAAACAAUCAACAGAAAACAAAUCUUUCAAUGCAUUUGGGAAAUUGACAUGAAUCGUGUGAAAGUGCUAUAUAUCAGGGCUGUAGCUGGGAUGAAAAGUGGGAGUAUUUGUGUGAGUAUAACCAAUAAGACGGUUAAGGUGUAGCAGAAUAAAUUGUUACAUCUGGGCCUUAGUUUACAUAAUAUAAUUUUGCUAGCACUUAAAAAUCUUUAACACCAAAGGUGCUUCAUUAUGUAUUAUACUUUGUAAUACUGUCUAAAGUUAUAUGUCACAUUUUCACCCAUUUGAUCGUUUUGCUAAUCUUUAAUUACUUUAAUUCAUACGUGUCAAGUUUCUCAUCAUCUCAGCGUGAGUGCAAGGAACCCUUAGACAAGACCUCUUCUUUUCUCCCCAUUGUCAUAACAUCACCUUCAUCAUAUUCAUCUCCCACAGAAAUAAAGCAAUGACUGGCUCCACUGACGCUCAACUAUUGUAGAUGACAAGGAGAGACGACAAUGAUCUAGUCAUUACAAGACAGCAAAUAUUUCCAAGAUAAAGACGAAUUAAUUGAAGCAUUCCACGAGUGAUUGUGCCUUUGUGGCUAUUAAAUAGUAAGUGGUUCGUCUUUAUAAAACCCAGACGGAGAAUGGCAUUGUCAAAGCAAGUGCAUUUCCAUAGAGUGCCGGCUAGGAUUAUCUGCGCAUAUGAAUGAGAUGAAUAAUUUCAUUCGCAGCUAUGAAAUCUCUCCCAUAGAGUUAGACAGGAACCGAAUGGUUUUGUUUGAAGAAUAAGAACCAAGGAAUUGUAAAGCCAGAAACAUACUCUUAGCAAAAAUACAGAUGUGCAAAUGCCCUGCCAGAAUGCACUCCUGUUAUUGUUGCAAGAGAGUGAACUUCAAAUUCCUGUGUAAUUUUUUAGGCAGUUGUUUCUAAACUUUUUAACAUUUAAGCAAACUUAAGUCUUAAUGGGAUUACAUCAUCAUAACGUGGACCAGGGCUACAUUGUCAGAAAUAAAAUGGUAAAAAAAUAGUCCCAUGGCAUUAAAAGGUCCUAAUAUGUAUCAUUUAUGUUACCAAUAGGUACCUUUGGUGUUCUAAUAUGCACUCUUUGGUACCAAAAUGUACCUCUCAGAUACCAAUAUGACCAUUUAGGUGCCAAGGUGUAAUUUUUGAAAGGGUACAGCCCCAGUGACAACUAGGGACCUUCUUUAUUGUUUAUUCUGACAGUGUAGGGACCUUCUCCACUAUUACAGUAGGCCUGAAACUGAAUUAUUUACACCUGAUUUGAGUUAUAAAUUUGCAUUUUGACCCAUUUUCGAAAACAUUUGUUUAUGUUUUUGUGUAGAGUAUAUUUCUGGCUUGUGUGAGUCUGUGUAUUUGUUGAAAGAGAAAAUAACUGCUUUCCCAUCUUAUUUGGUCUCUGCUGAGUUUGCCAAAUGCUGAAGAGACAUUAAUAAAUGAUGUAACAAGAAAAAAUAGUGCGAUUCAACAUGAUAAAUAGCGUGAUUCGAAAUAAGAUGAUUUAUCGGUGGAGAUGUGGAGACGUGCCCAACGUGGGCUCUGUAUCACUGUGUAGAACUUAAAGAACAGCGCGGUUCACCCUGUACAGUUACAGAAACUAUAAAUAUGACACUAUGUAUUAUGACCUAGUCACAAAAAAACUGUAAGUGAGCUACUAUUUUUAUGAAAUGCAACUCAAUGGAUAUAUACUUACUUUUGCAGAACUCUUGUUUACUGUAUGAUAUUUACUGAAAUACUGUCAAAUUAAACCUUGAC